GAAAUAACUGGCAGUUCGCAGCUCUAGAAUUUCCAGUCAACGCACCGUUGCACAUAAUCAGCUGUGACGUUAGCCGCUGGGAAAAUGGCAAGGCUUGCUGGGAGAUGUAGUGUAAAUGGGUAUUUGUGAGGGAGCUGUGAACGUACAUGGAACUACAAGCCCCAACAGGCAGCGCGGCAUAGAAUCAUCUGUAAAACUGGGUGCUCCCUAUUAUUGCCAUCGUGGUGCAGUCUGCAGCCCCACAUCUAACUACACGGGAUACCGGUGUGCAAGAAUGAAUCUAGCAGAAAUAUGCGAUAAUGCUAAAAAGGGAAGAGAAUAUGCUCUCCUUGGAAAUUACGAUUCCUCCAUGGUGUAUUACCAGGGCGUAAUCCAGCAGAUUCAGAAGCACUUUCAGACAAUACGGGACCCAGUGGUGAAAGUGAAGUGGCAACAGGUAUGUCAGGAAUUAGUGGAAGAGUAUGAGCAAGUGAAGAGUAUUGUUAGCACCCUGGAAUCCUUUAAAAUUGAAAAACCAGCAGAGUUCCCAGUUGCAGUAGCCGAGGAACCUGUCAAGGACCCAGCGGUUUGGCCUCCUCCAGUUCCAGCAGAACACAGGGCUCCUCCUCAAGUCAGACGACCUAACAGGGAGGUAAAGCCCCUGAGGAAGGAAUCUCCAGGAAUACAACCUCAUGGACCUGUCGGGAGAGCACAGCCCAUAUCAAAAAGCGAUAGGCCCUCAAACAGAGACGGCAGAGUGCGAGGUAAAGAUGAUAAGGGAAGGAAAAAUCAGCAAGACGCUGGGGCAGAUGGAGAGCUAAAGAAGUUUGAUGGAGCAGGUUACGACAAGGAUCUGGUGGAGGCCUUAGAGAGGGACAUUAUCUCCAGGAAUCCUAAUGUACAUUGGGAAGAUAUCGCUGAUCUGGAAGAUGCAAAGAAGUUACUGAGAGAAGCAGUUGUACUGCCAAUGUGGAUGCCUGACUUUUUUAAAGGCAUCAGAAGACCAUGGAAAGGUGUUCUAAUGGUUGGACCUCCUGGAACAGGCAAAACCAUGCUUGCUAAAGCCGUAGCCACAGAAUGUGGAACAACAUUUUUUAACGUGUCUUCUUCAACAUUAACGUCUAAGUACAGGGGAGAGUCUGAGAAGCUGGUCCGCUUAUUAUUUGAAAUGGCAAGAUUUUAUGCACCAACUACAAUUUUUAUUGAUGAAAUUGAUUCCAUCUGUAGCCGCAGAGGAACGUCUGAUGAGCACGAAGCAAGUCGGCGGGUCAAGUCGGAACUGCUCGUUCAGAUGGAUGGUGUUGGAGGCGCUCUAGAAAAUGAUGAUCCUUCAAAAAUGGUUAUGGUGUUGGCUGCCACAAAUUUCCCAUGGGACAUUGAUGAGGCUUUACGAAGGAGAUUAGAAAAAAGGAUCUAUAUUCCCUUACCUACAGCUAAUGGAAGGGCAGAGCUGCUGAAAAUAAAUCUACGGGAAGUAGAGUUGGAGCCGAGCGUCGACCUUGAAGUUAUUGCUCAGAAGAUUGAAGGCUAUUCCGGAGCAGAUAUAACCAAUGUUUGCAGGGAUGCAUCCAUGAUGGCAAUGAGACGCCGUAUCCAGGGUUUAACCCCAGAACAGAUCCGGGCUCUGUCCAAGGAUGAGUUGCAGAUGCCCGUGACCGUGAUGGACUUUGAACUAGCGCUAAAAAAAGUAUCCAAGUCGGUCUCCGCUGCAGAUUUGGAAAAGUAUGAAAAAUGGAUGGCUGAAUUUGGUUCUGCCUAAAAAGCUGCAAUAUUCGUCCUGUGUUUUACAGAGUGAACAUACAAGAAGUGUCGUCCUGCUUGCACUGGAAUUAACCCCAUUUUAACCCAAAGCCGAUGUGCACUUGUGUGUUAGUUACAUUUCUCAGCACUCAGAGACCGUUUUAUCUUCCUCAUCCGCUGCUGAAUAACUGUGUCUCUUUCAUUACAAGGACUCAUGUCACUUUAAGUUAAUGGCUUGUGAGCAGAAAUUAGCUUUCACUAUGAUAACCAUAAGGCUGUGGAUCUUAAAUUAAUCACGUUAGACAGGAAAGGAUAAUUAGGUAAGGUCAGCGGAGAAGAUUGCCUCUAAACUUCUUAAUUCUUAACAAGACCAGCAAAGCAUAACCUUUUAACAGAUUUCAUAAUUACAGACGCUAAGUGGAAGUACAAAACGCUAGCACAUCAGCAUUUAGUGCCUACUUGGAUAUUUCAGAUAGAAACGCCUAACGACAGGGAUCACACUGGGGGUGACUGUUUUUAAUUCAGGGGCUCCUUCCUGGCUCAGGGAGCAUUCUCUGAUCAGAUAGAUGUGCCUCUAACUGUUGUAUGUCAAAUACACACAUUGCAUAUAUUGCACAUCAUUCUGGGUCCUUGCUAGAUUCCAGGUCUCAUAGCAGCCACAUCAUUUUCUACCCUUGCUUAGUCAGUAUUUAGCCUUUAAAGACAUGUAAAAUCUAUUUCACUGGGGGUGCCAAAAUGUUAGGCAUCUCUUCAGGGAAAUAGAUCGCUAAAUUUUUCCAUUGGCCAAUGCUCCUGUUAUGAGUGAACUGCACCAGCCCAUGGAAAAACACUGGCAUCUCCUUGCCUUAAGAUCUUUGCUCCUUUGGCGUUCAUGUAAGUAAAUCCUGUUGGGUUUUACUGUACUGUACAUGUGUGAACAGAAGUUGGCGCAAGGGAUGCCUGUGAAGGUUACUAAAAUGCCAUCGCUGCGCUUAGACAGUUUUAGCAAUCUAUUUCCCUGGGAGGAACCCUAAAAUUUUUGGCACCCCCAGUAAACUUUACAUGUCCUUUUAGGGCUUUGGCACACGGGGAGAUUAGUCGCCUGCGACAAAUCUCCUGUGUCUCGGGUGACUAAUCUCCCCGAAAUGCCAUCCCACCGGCGAAAAUGUAAAUCGCCGGUGGGAUGGCAUACGUGGCGGCACAAUUUCAGUGAAAUCGCGCAAGUUUCUUCUCGAGGCAACUUGUGCGAUUUCACCGAAAUCGCGCCGCCACGUAUGCCAUCCCACGCUAGUGGGAUGGCAAUCCGGGGAGAUUAGUCGCCCGCGAACAGGGAGUUUUGUCGCGGGCGACUAAUCUCCCCGUGUGCCAGAGCCCUUAAAAAUGCCAGGCUGUUAUUUGUAUAUGCUACAGCACACAAUGUCCUAUGCAGUGAGCAAAGUGUACAAAAAUGGCUGAUUGUGGCUUCCUCUCUGCCAUUUUCCUUUGGUUGGAAUCCACUAGGGGGAUAUAGAGUGCUUUUUGCUCCCUGUGCUAUUCUGUUUAAAAACAUGAGCCAAAAGCCCAAACCAGCACAUCGCCAAUAUAAACAUACUUCUUCUCCAGUGGGUGUGAAGUGGGUGACUGGCACUCAGGGAACUGGCACAGAGGCUUAGUAUAGAACACAAUAGAUGACCUUGUACACCAAGUGCUUUGUGUUGCUGAGUGUGUGGAUGUUCUAAAUGUUAAACUAUAACAUCAGAUUAUUUCUUUAUUUAAACAGAUUUAUUUAAAAA